AUGGUCUUAUCAGGAAUGGUUCCAGACUCUCCAAGCUCUGAACGUGGGAUGCAGGCUCAUGUCUUUGGCAGUAAAUGGUCGCGACAAGCCAUUCCAAAGUAUGAGCUUCCAGCGGAGGAAAUGCCUCCGUCAACUGCAUAUCAACUCAUCAAGGAUGAGCUCGAACUUGAUGGUCGACCUGCUCUCAACUUGGCAAGCUUUGUCACGACCUAUAUGGAACCUGAGGCUGAGAAGCUCAUGACAGAGUCUUUAAACAAGAACAUCAUCAACUAUGAAGAAUAUCCAAUCACUGUUGAGCUUCAAAACCGUUGCGUCAAUAUGUUGGGUCGACUCUUCCAUGCUCCUCUCAGUGCAGAUGAAGCAGCUCUCGGUGUCUCAACUGUUGGAUCCACCAUCAUCUUGAGUACUUUGGCUAUGAAGCGACGCUGGCAAUUACGUCGUGAAAAAGAAGGAAAAUCAAAAGAAAAGCCAAAUCUUGUCAUGGGCGCAAACGUCCAAGUAUGUUGGGAAAAAGCCGUCCGAUACCUUGAAAUCGAAGCUCGUUACGUAUUCUGCACUGAAGACCAAAUGUUCAUGGAUCCAAAACAAGCUGCUGCUAUGGUAGACGAGAAUACUAUUGGUACUGUGGCAAUCUUGGGAUCAACAUACACCGGUCAUUAUGAAGACGUCAAGACUUUGAAUGACUUGUUGGUUGAGAUCAAUAAGAAGACCGGGUGGAAUGUUCCUAUUCACGUUGAUGCAGCGUCAGGUGGUUUCGUGGCACCCUUCUUGGCUCCAGACUUGGUUUGGGAUUUCCGAUUGCCUUGUGUCGCAAGCAUCAACACUUCUGGCCACAAAUACGGACUUGUAUAUCCAGGAGUUGGAUGGUGCAUCUGGAGGUCCAAGGAUUUCUUACCUGAUGAUCUCGUCUUCCACGUCAAUUAUCUUGGAGCAGACCAAGCUUCCUUCACUCUGAAUUUCAGCAAAGGGUCAUCUCAAGUUAUUGCUCAAUACUAUGUGAUGAUUCGAUUGGGAAUGAAUGGAUUCAAAUCCAUCAUGGAAAAUUUACAAGAAACGAGUAUCUUCUUAUCCCACCAAAUCAAAUCAAUGGGUUUCGAGAUCAUGUCUUCUGAAGAUCCUUCCAAGGGACUCCCACUUGUUGCGUUCAAACUACCAAAGGACGCAAGUCGACACUUUGAUGAGUUUGAUGUUGCUGGAAGGCUUCGUGAGAAAGGUUGGAUUGUCCCAGCAUACACUCUUGCACCUCAUGCAGACAAAAGUAAACUAUUACGUGUUGUCAUUCGUGAAGACUUCUCCUACAAUCGAGCAGAGCUCUUGUUGGCAGACCUGCAAAUGACUUUGGACUUCUUGAAGAAACAAGAUGCCAAAUCUAUGGAAGCUAGGCGUGAAGCACACAAACAAUAUGGCGCUGCUCACAAACAUCACAAGCAUCAUGGUCUCGCAGUCGCAAUCCCAGAAGCUCCACUCAAAAGUAUUCAUAAUACCUCUCCUGUCGCUGCUGUUACAACAGUCAAACCCGCUUCUUCUCCAACGGUUACGAAACCUCCUACACCAGCUGCUACACCAAAAGCUGCUGCUCCGACUCCUGCUGCUGUGAAGGCUCCAACACCUGUCGCUACAUCUGCCGCAACUCCUGUUGCUGCGAAGGCUCCAGCUGCUGUGAAAGUUGCUGCUCCUGCUCCAUUUGCUGCAGCCAAAGUAGUGACUCCACCUGCAUCACGUCCCUUGUCCCCCACAGUAUCAAGCAAGGAUGCAUGGGACAAGGCUUCUGCAAACGAUGUUAUGGCAUCAGCCAUGUUGAGUCCAAAAAGGAAUCCCAUGCUGAAAAAGUAUCAACUCAUAUAG